UCGCAAGCACAUCUGACGUGCUGCCCACAGUCCAGGCCUGGCUCUACACCCAUGAAAAACAGUUGCCAAGUAUAAAGCUUCCCAAGCAUGAGAUGGAUGCUGGAAUGUCUUCGCCUGAGAAGCAGGAUAAAGAUAAUUUAGUGGGCAUCAACAAAAAGCAGCUGGGUGUCUGUGGCUGGAUCCUGUUUUCCCUCUCUUUCCUGUUGAUGAUCAUUACCUUCCCCAUCUCCAUAUGGAUGUGCUUGAAGAUCAUUAAGGAGUAUGAGCGUGCUGUGGUAUUCCGACUGGGACGCAUCCAAGCCGACAAAGCCAAGGGACCAGGUCUGAUCCUGGUUCUGCCCUGCAUAGAUGUGUUUGUUAAAGUUGAUCUCCGAACAGUUACUUGCAACAUUCCUCCACAAGAGAUCCUCACCAGAGACUCUGUGACUACUCAGGUGGAUGGAGUUGUCUACUACAGAAUCUACAGUGCUGUCUCAGCAGUGGCUAAUGUCAACGAUGUUCACCAAGCCACGUUUCUGCUGGCUCAGACCACUCUGAGAAAUGUCUUAGGGACACAGACCUUGUCUCAGAUCUUAGCAGGGCGAGAAGAGAUUGCCCACAGCAUCCAGACCUUGCUUGAUGAUGCCACGGAGCUGUGGGGGAUCCGGGUGGCCCGAGUGGAAAUCAAAGAUGUCCGGAUUCCUGUGCAGUUGCAGAGAUCCAUGGCUGCUGAGGCCGAGGCCACACGGGAAGCCAGGGCCAGGGUCCUGGCAGCAGAAGGGGAAAUGAAUGCUUCUAAAUCUCUGAAGUCGGCCUCUAUGGUGUUGGCCGAGUCCCCCAUAGCCCUUCAGCUGCGUUACCUGCAGACCUUAACCACUGUAGCCACCGAGAAGAAUUCCACCAUUGUAUUUCCUCUGCCCAUGAACAUACUGGAGGGCAUUGGUGGUAUCAGCUAUGACAAUAACCACAAGAAGGUUAAUGACAGAGCCUGAGGUCCUCCUGAGGUAGCCAGUCCAUUGCUUAGAGAGUUCUUUGAAUCCUGUGGGGGAAGCCAGCAGUUAGAGGCAGUGAAAAUUAUAGCAUUAUUCAUGCCGCAGUCACUCCAGAGCUGGAAUAAUUAGAAGGGAAAAUGUGUAGGGGCUAUUAAAAAAAAUAAAAAGGAAAAUGAGGGUUGUAUAUUAGUAAUAAAACAUAAGCAACUUUGCAACAUUCUUAUAUUAUUAAUUAAUAGUCAUUCUGAGUUAUAGCAGGAACUUUCUCACAGUAGGGAAGGAAAUCAUUGGUUACUGUGACCAAGAUGCAAAAUUACUUUCUAAUUGUUUUAAAAAGAAGUACUCUAGAUCACUUGUAAAGUAAAACAAGUCUCAUGUGCAUACCAUGUCUAAAGUAAUUACUUGCUAUAUCUCUGAUAGUUGCAGGAAAACCCCUCAAUGCUAAAAAUUAUGAUUGAUUUUGAUAUUAAAGAUAAAAAACAUCGGCUGCAAACACGGCCUGGCCCCACAGGACAAAUUGCACUCAGCUCAGGGCACCAGAUCUGUUGCUGCAAUGCAGGUCCUGCUGGGAGUGUUGGCCAAUCCCCAGCCUCCCAGCACAGUUGUCAGAGGGCCGAAGAAGACCCAGUUAGGUGGACCCUCCUGUCAAUCAUUUGCUUUCAAGUGAGAUGGCUUAUAAAAGGCUUCAGAGGUGGAACUGCUGGAGAGCUUGUCCUUUGAAGUUCAUGUUUCCAUUCUGCUGUUAGUCUCAAGAGUCACUCAUACCCCAGAAUUAUUGGCAAACUACACCAUUCCCCCUUCACCAAAGAACCUGCUACAAAUA